CACUCACAGGAGGCGCCGGACCGAAAGUUCUUCAAUUCGGCCCUUUGGUCCUGCAGUCGAGGACACUGGGAGGUUUCUGUUCAGUUGCUGCAGCGCAUGGCAUCCGCCGGAGUGCCCACCGAGCCGUUUACCUACUUUGCGGCUGCUCAGGAGCAUCACGAUCAAUCCACGGCCUCCUGCAUGGUGCAGCAGCUGCGGCGCAUGCGUCAGCAUUCGUUGCGAGUUGACAUCUGCCAAUUUGCCAACAUGUUGGCCCACUAUGCAACUGACGCCGAAUGGCCUGCUUUGAGGGAAGCGGUGCUCGAAGAUGGAGGCUUCUUGCUGCCAUUGAGACGGCGCUUGAUGCACACCUUUGCCGAAGAUAUCAGCUGGUACCAAGCGCAUGCGCGUACCAGCAAGGAGUUGACCAGGCAGUGGCUGGAUUCGUUCCCGGAGACGCAGUACGAGAACUGGAGGAGACUGCGAAAAAAGCUGAAGAAGCUUCGCCGCCCCGAUCCGUUGGACUAUUCUGACAUGGGUGCCCAUGCUGGAUACAUCCGAAAUAAAGUCUUCGAGAAAGAACGCUGCGCCCAAGUUGCCUGCGUGCUCUUCGGGCCGGAAGCCCUCACGCAUGGCCUUGCAGACAAGGAGUCGUGCAUUGUGGUGGACAUUGGUGGAGGUCCUGGGAUAGCAGCACUAGGAAUUGCUGUCUAUGCAGGGCUGGAAGGAUGGCCGGUGCACCUGGAGCAUCAUGUCGUGGACUGCGAAGAUGCUUGGUCCGAGACUAUUCUGCGGCUUCAAGCAGUGCUACAGCUCUGGCAUUCUGAAGCUGAGAGGCCGCGGACGGACCUGUACUUCCAUCAAGGCCAGCUGCUUAGCAAGAGGUUGGUGGCGGGAGUGCCGUCUCCUGAAGACACCGAUGUCUUCAUUUUUUCUUAUGUACUACACGAGAAUGUGGAAAUUCUCCGGUCAAGCGACUUUGGGCUGCUGUCAACUUUGCUCCAGGCGGCGCGGCCGGGUGCCAUCUUCCUUUUCCUUGACGUCGAAGAUACACUCUGGUCCGAAAUUGCUGCCCUGGCAGCUUCCCUCGGGAGGUUUAUGGUGCAGCUGCAGCAAUUUCGGAAAGAUGACUACUGGCUGGUACUGCAAAAUGCAUGCCGCUUGCGGCUGCCCGGCUUCCCUUCAAGCACGGGUUGCAGGGCCUUCUUUAACCGAGGCCUUGGAAUGGGCAAGGCAGGCGCCAAGGCAGAGCCGAAGAAAGAUGCAGAAAAGGGGAAGGCAGGCAGUCAGAAGGAUGGCAAGUCCGCAAAGACUGACCCAAAGGUUGAGACCAAGGAAGCCAACAAGGCUGCCGAAAAAGCAGACGAUCCGAAAGCAAAGUU